AUGGUAGAGCUAGGGCGCGAUGGGCCGCGGGUCCCCGCGGGAGGCAAGGCCCGGCCCGAGGGCCUGGAGGCUGCCGAGGGCGCGGACCUGCCGCGCACGCACCACCGGCACCGCGACAAGGCUGUGGCCCCGGCCCCGGCCCUGGCGGCAGCGGGGGAGCAGGACAGGGUGGACGCGAGGAAGGCUGAGGGCGGGGAGCCCGGGGCCCGGGAAGAGCGGACGAGGCCGCACCGCAGCCGUAGCAAGGAGACCCCAAGCGAGCGUGGCCGCGUCCCGGGCCCCAAGGGCGGCCGGCGCCACCACCUGCGCGGCUCCCCAGAGGAGGCGGCCGAGCGGGAGCCGCGCCCACCGGCACGCACACGACCAGGGCAAGGAAGGCGGCGCGGCCGGGGCCAAGGGCAAGCGGCGAGCGCGCCACCGCGGCGGCCCCCGGGCCGGCCCCAGGGAGGCCGGGAGCGGGGAGGAGCCGGCGCGGCGGCACCGGGCCCGGCACAAGGCGCUGCCCACGCACGAGGAUGUGGAGAAGGAGGCGGCGGAGAAGGAGGGCGAGGUCGACGACCGGGACAAGGAGAAGGAGCUCCGGAACCACCAGCCCAAGUGAGGAAGUGCGCAUGCGGGUGGUGGGCGGAGCCGCUGGCCGAGACGCGGCUGGGGAGGAGUCGGAGGGCGGCGCAGGGGGCAGCCGCUCACCGCCGGUCUCCCCACAGCAGGCCGCAGAACUCGGCCAAGGCGCGCUCGGUGUGGGAGCAGCGCGUCGGCCAGCUGCGGCUGCAGAACCUGAGGGCCAGCUGCGAGGCGCUGUACAGCGAGAUGGACCCCGAGGAGAGGCUGCGCUGCGCCACCACGCCCCACCUGCGGCCUGACAUGAAGACGCACCUGGACCGGCAGCUCGUGGUGGAGCUAGGGCGCGAUGGGCUGCGGGUCCCCGCGGGAGGCAAGGCCCGGCCCGAGGGCCCGGAGGCUGCCCAGGGCGCGGACCCGCCGCGCAGGCACCACCGGCACCGCGACAAGGCUGCGGCCCCAGCCCUGGCAGCAGCGGGGGAGCAGGACAGGGUGGACGCGCCGAAGGCCGAGGGCGAGGAGCCCGGGGCCUGGGAAGAGCGGACGAGGCUGCACCGCAGCCGCAGCAAGGAGACCCGAAGCGAGCGGGGCCGCGGCCCGGGCUCCGAGGGCGGCCGGCGCCACCACCGGCGCGGCUCCCCAGAGGAGGCGGCCAAGCGGGAACCGCGGCGCCACCGUGCCCACCGGCACGCACUCGACCAGGGCAAGGAAGGCGGCGCGGCUGGGGCCUAG